AUCCCAGUUCUCUUUCCUCGCAUCCAUUGCCACGUCUAGGCUUAUUGAAGGGUCGCUUGGAGUGUCACCCUGUCCGGUAUCUAACCAUGGCCACCGAUCCCUCGCUCCAAGAUCCACUCCUGGCGCUGCGUCGCGCCAUCGCGUCCGGCAGCUUGCCCACACCAACGACCUCGUCCGAUCUCUCCGAUCAGAAUGCCACUGAUGACCUCGCUAAAGCUACUCAUCUUUUCUUCCAAACGCCUUUACCGCAGUCGCUCGCCUUAAAUACGCCCACACGCUUCGUCUCCAGUUCGUCUGACUCCGCCGUCGACCUGCGCAGUAUCUUCUUCGCGUGGCAGAAGAAAGAUGUUGCGAUUCCCGAGUACAUUGCCUCAGCGCAGGAGCUGAACGAGACACUCAAGCAGAAGGAGCGCAGCGAAGGGGUUCCCGAAGAACAAGUCCUGAAUUUAGUCUUCGUUGAGCGCUUGGAUCUCAUCACCUGGUUGGAAGGCGCCUCGGAUGAGAGUGAAUAUAUCAAACCGCUCGAGGGUGCUGUGGGUGCAGCUGCCUCUGCGGCUCAGGCUCAGGCCUCCGCCAAUAUUGCGUCCGGGACGGCGGGUGUAUCUACAGUUCCAAGUGCUGCUCCAGCCACUGGUACCCAGGCAGGAAAGGGGGGGAAAGUCAUUGAUCCCCGGCUCCAGGAGAUUUACAACGGGGAGCGGAAGAUGGGAGAUCGGAAUAGUGUUCUGCGAGGAAUUAAGCAAACAGACUUCUCGCACGUUCGCAAAGUCGCGGAGGCUUUCCUCGGACGCAAUCGCUCACGGGCGGGUCAAUAUCCCCCAGGCACAAAACCUGGAGCCAAGCCGCACGCUAUAGUCCCUGCCCCAUCGGCUGGUCUCUCUCAGCCUCGGAAAGGCGGCUCCAAAACUCAAGACCCCAUUAUCCUGCUCUCUCCAUCUGCCUCUUCACUUAUCCGCAUGUCGAAUGUACGCUCGUUCCUUGGGGAUGGCGUCUUCGUUCCUCCUGACCACCCCACCCUCGCCAUGCCCAGCGCUUCGAGCAAUAUCCUGUACAUUAACCGCCCACUGAGUGGACUAUCAGACCCCUCCAGCUCAUCGUCGCGUGCUGUUAGUUCUCAGGGCCAGUCACGGAAACCAACUCGUUUCAUUCUCGUGGAUAGCACCGCCAACUUCAAGCCCGACUACUGGCAACGUCUUGUCGCCGUUUUCACAACGGGCCAGACCUGGCAAUUCAAGUCAUAUAAGUGGUCAUCGCCUCCGGACCUCUUCAAGCACGCCACCGGUGUGUACAUCGGAUGGCGCGGUGAAGACGUUCCUCGCGAAGUUCGCGGCUGGGGUCGUGGGGUACGAAGCUUUUCCGUAGAGCGCUGGGACGACAAGGGGGGCGUGAAUGGGUCGGGCCGAUGGCGUGAUCGCGAAGUUGUUGAGGGCAUUUGGACUGUUAUCGAGGAGGGUAUGAAGCAACGGGGAUGGGGAUCCAAGUAAUUAUAUCGAGGUCAUCUCUCUUCUUGCUUUCCCUUCCUUCCCUAGCGUGUCAUACAUUUGCCUCCAACCUUCAUCCUUUCUCAACUUCUUGUCCACACGACCUCAAUUCACAUAUUAUAUUAUAUUAUACCUCUCAAGUGUAUUUCCCAAAAUUUACCCUUUUGCCUUUAUCACAAUGUAUUAGGCGUUAGGGGAUAUGGCGUUCCAAUAUGCAUUUCUUUCAUUUUGGGCGAUACGGAUGAAUGAAUAACUAGAAGCCUGUCUGUGUGUUGUGUUAGCCAUGAAUACAACAAUAACUAGUUAACUAACUACCAAUAAUAACUAUCUUGACAUUGG